AUGACCACACACGCGCCUAUGGCGAGAGUGCCCUUUGCACCGCUCGAUAACCCACGUCUACAACACCUGACAAACCUGAAGAACCGUCAGAAUGGCUUGUCAGCUAUGGACAGCAAGUCUAGCAUGCUUGGAGGCAAGGCUGAGAAGUCAGCUUUCACGUUCACAACUCCGACCACCGGCAAGCGAUCCUUCGAGCCCACCACGCCCAAUGAUUCCGAUGGCGAGAACGUUGAUCCAAGCAUGAUCAGCUCGCCGUCCAAGAAGGUCAAGACCUUCUCGUUUGACAUCCCCGCGAAGCCAUUCGCCUUCACCCUGAAGCCGAAUGCAGCGUCUCCACGAAGCUUUGCCACACCCAAGAAGGCACUGGUCUCGUCAGUCCGUUCGCCCAUGACCGCCCCCGCUGGUCGAUCGCCACCACGUAAGACUAUGGGCGUCUCCAAGAACCGACGUACCUCGGCGCCCUUCUCACGUGUUGACCCACCAGCCUCGAUGCGCUCCACUUCAAGCCUGCCGUUCAGCCUCGAUGCAGCUAUCCAAGGCACUGUCACUCCUACUCCUGUUCAGAAGUCAAUGCCCAAGUCCUGGCUCUUCGAGAUCCAUGAGGACACUCCGGAUGAAGCUGUAGCUAACCUGGUCGAGCACCAUACCAUGUACCUCGACCUCAGCUCCGAUGAUGAGGACAAGGUCCGUGAGAGGACUGAUAGAGGCAAAGAGAACGUCGCGCCUGAGGGGUAUGAUGCCACCGUUGCCUCGUCCGCUAUCCACAACCACGUUCCCGGCAUGGGGGCGCUUGGAUCAUCGUCGACUGACGCUUCCACUGUCACUUCCAAGAAGUCAAAGACCAUUGUACGCAAGAAGAAGCUCGCCCUCGAUGCGAUGGACGACGGGGAGCGAUCGCCGCUGUCUGACCUCGAGACUGAGCCCUUCUUUCCAGAUGGCUUAGACUCUAGCUCUCACGUCAUCGUUGAUGCUCUGCCCGAGAAACCUGCAUCGUCAUGCUUUGCCAUCAGCGAACUCUUCGCCACACCCGCGUCUGAACCUACGUCUGAGCCUGCAACUGCCCUCGGGGCAGAAGCAACCUCGUUGACUGCCGCUGACGCUGCUGUGUCGGCAGCUGACAUUGCGAGCACAGCCGAGCCCGAGAUUGUCGUUUUCGAGGACCCGAUUGCUUGA